GGGCGGGGUUUAGGUGCAGGCACCAUGGCUUCGCUUGGGACGGAGCCUGCUGCUUUAGCCAGGAGCAGCACAGAGGGUGCGUCCGCCAAGAAAGAUGGACUCAACGCAGCGAGCAAUGGCGAAGAGAACUCAGACGGAGGCAAAGAGGUAGCAGCCAGGCUGGCCUUGUCCCCGUCGGCGGCGGAGGCGACGCUCAACGGCACCGACUGCCAGGACACCAGGCACAAGAGCCCGACGGCGCCCGCCAACCGGACUGCGCUGCUGGUCAACGAAAAUGGCACGUCGGACUCGGAGCCGCCGCACGGUUCCGUCACCGGAAGCAACGGUUUCAUUCUCACCAAGCAGCAGCAGCAGGAGGAAGAGGAGGAUGAUGAUGACGAGGAGGAGGAGGAUGAGGAGGAGGAGGGCAGCGGUACGGCGGCAGGUGUGGGAGUUUCCUCCCCUCACAGGACUAACUGUUUGUCCCCCGGCUCACCGACGGGGGCAAAAGCCGCCAAGCCCCCUCCCCCCGCCGCCACGCCCGGGUGCACACAGAGCCCCGGCGCGCUAAGGACUGCCCCCGGUACGGGGACCGCGUCGGGACGAGGGACGCCAGACACUAAAAACGGCGGCGUUUCGUCGCCGCUCCCCGCCCCAUCGCCCGUCACCAUACACAGAGCCCGCAAGACGAUGUCCAGACCUGCUGUCAGCCCGGCACAAAAGCUUCUGAACAGGGAAUUACGAGAAGCCAAGAACGCCAAAUUAGAGAAAACGGAGAACGUGGUUGCGCCCGGCACGCGGAAACCCUCGCAGCAGUCCCCCGCUCAGAACCAUCUACCUCAGAGUCCCCUGGAGACGCCAGCUUCAGCACAAACCGCCCCAUCAGCUUCACCAGCACCUCCGCCGCCUCCCGCUCCACUCUCGGCUUCUCCGGCUGCGAUACCAGCCAAGCUUCCGCUAGGCUCGUACUCGGCAGGGUUGUCGUCGCGGAAGAAGAAGAGGAGGAUGGGAACGUACAGCCUCGUCCCCAAGAAGAAAACCAAAGUGCUAAAGCAGAGGACAGUGUUGGAAAUGUUCAAGGAGCUGCAGCAUUCUGCCAAGAGUCCGCAGAAUAAAGAAGUUACGAAUGUGAACGGGGAGAAGAUGGGCAACGGGUCGGAGGAGGAGGAGUCAGAAGAUCUGGAGUCAGAGGAGGAAGACAGACAGCAGCCAGCGGGAGAAGGCGUCAGCGCUGUCCAGGAAACAUCCGAACCCACAGAUCAGUUGAAAGAGGAGCAGGAGUCUGAAGAAUCUGUAGAGGAAGACGGAGAAGAGGAAGGCACAGAGUCGGACCUGAGCUCAGAGUCCAGCCUGAAGAAGAGGCUGAAGAAGAAAACUAAAGCAGACAGCGCGUGGCUGCGGCCCUCCAGGAAGAGGAAGAGGAGGAUGAAGGCUAAAGAACCCGAAGCGGCGCCCGCUCAGCUGGAGGCUCCGGCCCGUGACGACGAGCCGUACACGCCGGUCACGCCGGCGGAGCCCGCCAACCUCAGCAAGCCUCCGCACAGUAAAGAGCUGGUGGCGGAGGAGGCCCAGGAGCUCCCGCUGUGCAGCUGCCGCAUGGAGACCCCCAAGAGCCGGGAGAUCCUCAUCCUGGCCGACAGGAAGUGCAUGGCCACGGAGAGCGUGGACGGCCAGCUGACGCGCUGCCAGAGCGCCGUGCUCAAGCACGAGAUGAUGCGUCCCUCCAACUCCGUCCAGCUGCUGGUGCUGUGCGAGGACCACCGCGGCGGCAUGGUCAAGCACCAGUGCUGCCCCGGCUGCGGCUUCUUCUGCAGAGCCGGGACGUUCAUGGAGUGCCAGCCGGACGUCAGCAUCUCCCACCGCUUCCACCGCGCCUGUGCCUCGGUGCUGAAAGGCCAGAGCUUCUGUCCGCACUGCGGGGAGGAGGCCAGCAAAGCCAAGGAGGUCACCAUCGCCAAGGCCGACACCACCUCCUCCACGGUGCCGCCGGCGCCGGCGCAGGGCCCGGCCACGCCGGGGGCCCCCGAGGGCCGAGCGGACACCACCACCGGCAGCUCCUCCUGUCCGACCCUGGCGGCCGAGGUGAGCGGCAGGGCCGACAGCUCGCUGUCCAUCCGCUCCCCUCAUGCUCCGGACGCCGCCGCCGUCCCGGGCUCGUCCAGGACGGCGUCCCUCCAGGCCGCCCCGGGAACCCCAGUCACGCCCACGCUCCCUCUGGGACAAUCCCGAGAAACCCUGGACAGCAUCCUGGUGGCUCUGGACAUCGAGAAACCCAAGAAGCUGCGUUUCCACCCCAAGCAGCUUUACCUCUCAGCCAAGCAGGGCGAGCUGAAGAAGGUGGUGCUCAUGCUGGUGGACGGAAUCGACCCCAACUUCAAGAUGGAGUCGCAGAACAAGCGCACGCCGCUGCACGCGGCGGCGGAGAGCGGACACAAGGACAUCUGCCACAUGCUCGUCCAGGCCGGAGCAAACCUGGACAUGUGCGACGAGGACCAGCGGACGCCGCUGAUGGAGGCGUGCGAGAACAACCACAUGGAGGUGGUUCUGUACCUCCUGAGAGCCGGAGCCAGCGCCACGCACAAGGACGUUGAAGGGUUCACGUGUCUCCACCUAGCGGCCAAGUCUGGUCAUUACAAGAUUGUUGAGCAUCUUCUGUCCACAGGACUGAUCAACAUCAACUGUCAGGACGACGGCGGCUGGACGGCGAUGAUCUGGGCCACAGAGUACAAACACGUGGAUCAGGUGAAGCUGCUGCUGUCCAAAGGAGCCGACAUCACCAUCAGGGACAAGGAGGAAAACAUCUGCCUCCACUGGGCGGCGUUCUCCGGCAGCGUGGAGAUCUCCGAGCUGCUGCUGAACGCCAACUGCAACCUGCAGGCCGUCAACAUCCACGGAGACUCGCCGCUGCACAUCGCCGCCCGGGAGAACCGCCUGGACUGCGUCACGCUGUUUCUGUCUCGAGGAGCCAACGUGUUCCUGAAGAACCGAGAGGGGGAAACGCCGCCCGACUGCUGCAGCCACAGCUCCAAGGCCUGGGCGGCGCUGCAGGCCAACAAGAAGGAGAGGGACGCCCGGAGCAGCCGGCUGGGCCAGACCGAGGAGAAAGUCCUGCACAGCGACAUCGCUUUAGGCCAGGAGCGAGUCCCCAUCCCCUGCGUCAACUCGGUGGACAGCAAACCCUACCCCGACGACUACAAGUACAUCUCGGAAAACUGCGUCACGUCGCCCAUGAACAUCGACAGGAACAUCACUCACCUGCAGUACUGCGUCUGUAAGGAGGACUGUUCUGCCAGCAUCUGCAUGUGUGGACAGCUCAGCCUGCGCUGCUGGUACGACAAGGCCGGCUGCCUCCUGCCCGAGUUCUGCCGCGAGGAGCCGCCGCUCAUCUUCGAGUGUAACCACGCCUGUUCCUGCUGGAGGACCUGCAAGAACCGCGUCGUGCAAAACGGACUCAGGACCAGACUGCAGCUGUUCAGGACCAGUAAGAAGGGCUGGGGCGUGCGCACGCUGCAGGACAUCCCACAGGGGACCUUCGUAUGCGAGUACGUGGGAGAGAUCAUCUCGGAAGCGGAGGCCGAGAUGAGGCAGAACGACGCGUACCUCUUCAGCCUGGACGACAAGCCGCAGGAUCUGUACUGCAUCGAUGCCCGUUUCUAUGGCAACAUCAGCCGCUUCCUCAACCACAUGUGCGAGCCCAACCUGUUCGCCUGCCGAGUGUUCACGACGCACCAGGACCUGCGGUUCCCACACAUCGCCUUCUUCGCCAGCGAAAACAUCAAGGCCGGGGAGGAGCUGGGGUUUAACUAUGGCGACCACUUCUGGGAAGUCAAGAGCAAGCUGUUCAGCUGCGAGUGCGGCUCGUCGCGGUGCAAGUUCUCGUCGGCGGCCAUGGCGUCGCUGCAGGCCGACAGCACGCCGGAGGAGCGGCAGCAGCCCAGCGCCUCGCCCGACACCAGCUCUUCCAACAGCUCCUCCUAAACCCCCCCCCCGUCCCCACAAACACUACGGACGGACGGAGACUCCUGUGCUCGUACUGUACCUGAACGGACCACCCGGCUUCACCACCACCUGUACAGAAACACUGCGACUCAACCAGAUGCACAAUCAGCCGGGACGACCAGCAGGGGGCAGCGCCGGGACACAAACCUGCCGGGAGGAAGAACUUGGCCUUUUGUCUUCUGUCUUUUCUGGUUUUUUUACUCUUUCUUUCCCCGGAGCGUCCAGUGGUGGACCAGUGGAUCCAGACCCCCCACCCCCCCCCUUCAGCGCCCCCCAUGAACCAUGAACCAUUCCAGCACAAUUUAGCUGAAUCAUACUGAAUUAUGUUGCCACUUCGUUUUUUUCUUUUUUGUUUUCGUCGUGUGUGUUUGUGUCAUUUCAUCGUUUCCGAACGGACGCUUCCCCACACUCGAUCAACGAAAAGAGAGAUAAGAAGGGAGGGGGGAGGAGGAGGAGGAGGGUGGGGGGAUUUCUGCCCCCGUGUGGUUGAAGAAGCGACACCAUUCCUGAAAAAGCGGGCAGAAACUGGCUCGCCUGUCGUUUGUGAAGCAUGUCGAAGCGGUUUGAAAUGUGUUGUGGAGGAAUGAAAUCAACUAAAACACCAGAAGGAAGAAAAAAAAACAACCAACAAAUCAAGACAAAAAAAAAAAACAAACCCGGUGCUGACUCAAAGGUUUUUACUUUUCAUUUUUAUGACCCACUUGAACAUACAUUGUAAAAUAAGAGAAUGUUUUUACGUUUUUGUUUUCAUUUUGUAUAAUUUUAUCUCCGUUUUUUUUUUCUUUUUCUAAUUGUAGUUACUGUAGCUAGGUUUUAAUUUAGAUUUUGCCGACAGAAGCCAACCCGUCAUUUUAAAUGUUGUUAGUAAAGCAGUGACUGUUGUGCAAAGUCUUGAAAGGUAUAAAAGAGAAAAAAAAAAAAAAACCUUUAAAAAAAAAAGUGAUGAAUAAAAUGCACUUCCAUUACCUUCUGUUACAUAUUUCUG